UAUAAAUCCGCGAAGAAAGCCAGGAGGAACCCUACAAGUAAUAGGGAAGAGGUCAUGUCGGAUAGCCCGGAAGUUGUCAUGAUGUCGGAUACAGGAAAGUGGUGGUUUCUGAAGGAAAGUAAAAAGGAUGCGCUGCUCCAUAACGGAGCUGAUCUAGGAACCAUCCAGAACAUCGGCGUACCUAGUUGUGUCGGCUAUCUGAAGAUCAGCUGUUCAGUGAAGUCGCCGAAAGACUGGGACACGAGAAGACAAGAACACCGAAACAGCACCUCGAAAUACUUCCUGGCUCAGCGGAGAUGUGCGACCUUUACGACGCUCAAAAAUAGAGACGGGGCAGAGACAGGCAUCUGUAAAGAGCUUGACCGUCUGUUGGAAGAGGAGCUCGAAAGUGUAGAGAUCGCCGUCUAAAGAUCAACUGUGGGGGAGAGGAAGCUUGUAGGUGGAAAUAAAGGCCGAGGACGCUCUCGUGGUGCCCGUGCAGGCGGAAGAUGACGUGGUCGAGUAGCUAGAUUGAGACCUCACCGCUCUGCUGUUUAUUUCUCAUUUCUUUAAAUAUUAGCCAAAAUGUAUUGAAUGGUCUUUGUUUUCUGUUAUUCCAUAGCCAAAUGUUCGUGCUUUUGUGUUUCAUAGUAUCAGUGCCAUCAAACAUACCAUGAUGCUUUUCUUGUAGAUAGUAGCAUAACGGAUACGUGCAGAAUUGAAAAAAAAGUUUAAAUGAAGUACCUUUUGGAUUGUAAAUAUCGAUAGACCUGUGCCUGGUUUGGAUAUCAUAUACUGUAAGUGAAACUGUCUAUAUCAUCUCAAAGGGAAAAGGAAACCGUUAAAUGAAUUUAUCAUAUUUAUUUUCGUUUAAGCUAUGUUUUGGGCAGAGAUCUAGUCACGUGUAACCAUGGAAGAGUAACUAUGGCUUUAUCAUGUUCAUUUAUUUAUAUUCAUAGGAGCGUCUGGAAUAUAUGACAUGUAAUAUAGAACUCUUCUUGCAUACUUAUUGUCGAUGACCUGAGUGUAAUGGACUAUAAUACACUGAUCAAAAGUUCA